AUGCAAUAUAAUUGCAAAAAUUGUGUUCAAGAAAACCCAUACACAUACAAAGGUUUUAUUCCCUUUCUUUUGUCUUCCCAUAAUCUUUUCCGCGAUUUUCAUAGCUUCUCCGUAGUCUCCUGGCGGCACAAAGCGCUUCUUGAGCCAUUCACAUAA